UUCGUUUGACCUCGCGGCUUGGCCGCCCCAUUUCUGAAGAUGGGGAAAAUCACCAAGACGAUGCAGCCGAAGCAUGAGGAGACACUUUCUCCUUGGCUCAAAGACUUUGUGCAGUCGGCUUGCACAUUACCACUUCCACUUCUCCCCGACCACAUCGCCACCUUCCCGACACGAUGGCCGUUCCCGCGGGGCGACCUCUACCACUGGAUACCGCUACUCAACCGGUUCGACAAUAUUCUCGAGUGCUUCAGUGGCACAUACAAGUUGAACGACGGCCCCCAAACCGGCGAUCUAGGCUGCGAGUUGUUACUUCAUCGAGGCCUCAAAGUGGAAGAGUAUGGCACGGAGGCAUGGGACAUGGACCGCCUGCGCAAGCAGGGCUAUGGCGAGCAGGGUGACCGCCAGCUCAUUGAGGCCAUCCUCAAGUUCACGCGCGUCCUGCUGGAGCAUUGCGGUAACAGAAGCAUUUACGCCAGCAGCAACCACUUGAACGACCUCCUUCAUGCUACAGACCUGUCCGUCAUCAUCGCAACCCUCGGAGUUGGGUCCGAGCUGGCCAAACGAUACCAGGCCUCUGUCAAACGUAUCGGAAGUCACUCCCGCCAUGUCAGCACUGCACUGCUGGCUAACCACUACAAUAUUGCCCUCGAGCGUGUACAGCUAUUAGCAUCCCCCUUUGUCAAGACUCCUCUCAUCUCCCUAUCUGAUGCUGCUGCAUCUGCCACACCCGGUUCCGCUGCCAAGGGCAAGGAUAAGAUCCAAAGUGCUGGGCAGAAGAAUGCAGCACCCAUGUUUGCCAACGAUCUCAAUGCCAUCGUCAACUCGGAACCUGGUCAAUGGAACGGCUGGGGUGACAUCAAGAUCUCGUACACUGCCGUCAUAGACACUAAAGACCAGCCAUUUCCCAGUGCCGUGGAUCGCACCUCUGCUGGGACGAACCUGCCAAGCACCCCAACACCUUUGCGGCGAAGUACUACGAUGGGUGGUACUGCUCAACAAACCCCGAGGUCGGCCCGGCAAGUACCAGGCGACGAAGCCUCGCCUUCUACCGUGUCUCGCUCUCCGGCUCCAGUAAGCGAGCAUGCCACAUCCAGCCAGAAGGUGUUUGAUCUGCCGCAGUCUGUGGUGGCGUCAUCUUCUAUCUACGACCUACUUGCCCGCUGCCCUGCCGAUGCUCCACCACACACCAGAUACGAAUAUCUCAACAGGGUCAGAAUUGCCAAGGCGCUCCUAGGCAGUGUUGAGACUCGCCAGCAGGCUCUAGCCAUUCGUCUCCUGGCUGUCACGAACCUGGCAUAUAUCCACCCGGAGAAUGUGUUUAUGGAAAAGGUCAUGCGUCAGGAUAUCGACGAAACUCGACGCUACCAGCUCGUCUAUCAGUUGGCCGAAUUAAUCCACCCUACAUCCCCUGGAUCUAAACCCGUGCCUCUUUGGGUCCAAUCGGUCGCACUCGCUUUAUUGGAAGCUAUAUCUUACUUCCAGGCUCGCUAUCAAGAUGUGCUUUCUGCCCUUAAUGCCAACGUCAACCACGGCAUUCUUUUGUACGUCAUUCGCAAGGCAGUCGCGGGCAUGAAGGAGGAUGAGGUGGCCGACAAGUACAACCAGUCCACCGAGGUCAACGAGUGGCGCAAAGACCUCUUCUCAUUGACACAGCACUUGGCCAUGUCCACUAGAGUUGGCGCAGAGAUGGUCAGCGCUGGCCUGAUGGAUGUCCUGGUCGAGAUCAUGAAGACACGAUCCAAUGUGGCUCAGCGUAAUCAUGCGACUAUUUUGAGUUUCAUAGACGGACUCAUUUGGUCCUACCAGAACGCUUUCCACGCCUUCUUCAAUGGUGAUGGCUUGGACGCCAUCUCGGAACUUCUUGUCACGUCUGUCAAAGAAGGCACCCAACUUGCUGACGCUGGCCGUGGUACGCAACCUGAGUACCACUCUUCUGUUGUCGACUACAAUAUCCCGUUCCACCAUCAGCAAACGCUUAAGUGGCUGUUGAAGUUUAUGCACCACAUGAUGACCAACUCUUAUAGUCUCGGAGGCAACACGGACCGCCUCCUGCGGAACCUCGUGGACAAGUCUGAUCUAUUGGCCAGUCUGAGGGAGAUCAUGCAGCAUACUACGCACUUCGGCUCUGUUCUGUGGACAAACUCUGUUACUGUUCUCAGCGACUUUAUCAAUAACGACCCUACAAGCUUCGCAGCCAUUGCGGAGUCUCGCAUGAUCGUAAGCUUCCUCGAAUCCGUCACCGGUAGCCCUGUACCCGAGCAGACAGCGGCCCCUCGCGGCAGCGAAGACGCUACCGGUGAAACGGAUGACGCGCCUCAGGAAAACAACGAUCAGGUUACCCUUGAGCCUGACGACAAGCCUCAUCCCCCACCAGAGGAGGAGCUGGCUGCUGGCAGGGACCGCCCCCUCGCGAGAGGGAUCUUGACGAGCCCAGACGCCAUGCUCGUUGUGCCGCAAGUCCUCAAUUCCAUUUCCCUCAACAAUGUUGGCCUCAGAAUGGUCGUAUCAUCACGCGCGUUCGAGUCUUACUUCGAGAUGUUUGAAAGCCCGAAACACGUCAAUUGUCUUGAGGGCGAGCAACACCUCGCCAGCAGUGUGGGUGAAAGCUUUGAUGAGCUGUGCCGGCACCAUCCAGCUUUGAGAAGUCCUAUCUCGGAUGCUGUUGUUGACAUGGUGGCAAGAGUCAGAUUCCUCGGCAAAGACAAAGCAGAGACGUCUGGCUGGGGAGCAAAGCUGGUCUUUGACGAUGCCAAUGGCAAUGUCUUGACUGCUGAUCAAAAUCUUCUCGGUCAUCUCUCAGCUCCGCCUGACGAUAGCAAAGGCAAGAAAAAGGCCUCCACCGAUGACGCGGAUGUUGACAUGCUGGACGGAGCAGUGACUGCAAAGGAAGAAGACAGCAGUUCAGCGUCCAGCAAGGAAGCCUCGAAGCCAGCUGCGACGGCAUUUGAUAGCAUCACACCUUAUGUCCAUGCACUUGGCCUCUUCCUCACCACCUACCUUUCCAACAACACCAUGAAGACCCAUUUCGUCCAGCGCGGAGGCAUCGAGCUGCUGCUCGACAUUGCCGAAUUGCCCAGUCUCCCUUACGACUUCAACGAGUCCAACGCCUCUCGUAAGCUCUUCUCAGUGAUCUCCCAGCUCGUCGACCAUUCUCCCGUCCUGGGAUUGCCAGCGCUUCUCAAGCGGGCACAGGCGGCACUCGACUCUCUCCAGUCGUUUGCGACUGCCAACGACGGCCGACCGUACUUUGCCCCUUUCGUUUUGUCUGAAAAACCGAUGACGCUGGAGGACGCAAACUCAUGGGACACGACGACACGAAACAAGAUGCUCACAGGAACCAAGGUCGUCAGAGCCCUGCUCAAUGCCCAGUCUUUCCUGAAAACGCUAUACGAGUGUUUCCCGUCUUCACCGCGCUCCUCGUCUUCGGUGUCACUCUAUCCCAUCAACUUCUAUGAUUACUACCUGCAGUUGAUCAAGUCCAUUGGGCCUCUUCUACGGGCAGGUCUCACAGAAGAAGGCGCAGUACACAACGUACUACCCCAGCACUGGUGGGCCAAGAAAGUCGGUGCAAUCGACGAAGCCUUGGCAAUCAUCGGUCGACCCGCGGUGCCGGCGUCUCCGUCCGGCGACGAUGACGAGACGUUUUUGCCUGAUGACCUACUGGGGAACUUCAGGGCAGAGGCGCUGCCAAACAGUAAGGGCGCUGCGGCUGCACAGCCUAAGCGGCCUACCAAGCAAGAACAAGCCACGGCCCGCUACAAAAACUUCGAAACCCUGCGAGUCGUCCUUCAUUCCAUGGUUCCGUCGUCGUUCCCGUUCUUCCAGCAACUCGGCAAGGCAAUACUGCCUCGUCGAGGCGGAGACACAUUUUCGCGACAGCAUCAUAUCGAUCUCGCCAAGGGGCUGUCAGCGACCAUAAUCGAUCAGUUGAAGCCUUCGAUGGCGGUUGAGGUUGCAACGCCCAAAGACUAUCAUUACUGGAUCAUCAUGCUUCACACACUCAGCGAGAUGCUGAUUGACGCGACUCCUAGAUCGAGUGACCGAUCUGGUUCUCAGAUCAUCAUGCCUGUGUAUCUGGCAUUUGUUGAGCAGGGCGGUCUGGAGAUUCUGACGACCAUGGCUCGACGUUUCGCUGAUAGAGCAGCCGAUCAAAGCAGCGGGACUGAGCCUAGUGCAGCUACCAAGAUAUGUUCUUUCGGCCUUAAGAGAGCGCUCGAUUUGUUCGCCACUGUUGUCGAUGGGAAGACCAUGGCAGACUCCGCCGCUCAGUUCGGGCUUAUCCCUCGGUCUGCAGGACCCCGGCCAGAGGCACCACUCUCCAAUCAAAUGGUGCUUGACGCUCGCAUGGCCAUCUUCCCAGUCGUGCGUGAGAUAUGGGAUUCCGCAUUGAUGGAGAAGACGCAGCCAGAAACUCUGAGCAGGGUCAUCGAUAUUCUUAAAAUUGUGGCUGUCGGGAGCGAUGAGUCCGGUCAAUCGAGUACCCAGGCGUCUGACGUUUUAAAGAGAGUUCCUAGCGCUUUCAACUGGCGCACACACCAGACCUCGCUCUCUGCCCUCUCUAGAGACUACGACGACGACCUGGCGCGUGAGGCCGUUUACCGAGCCAACGGCAAUCAAAACUCCGCCACCGAGUACUGCCGGGCCCAUGCAGCCGGCACGGCUGGGUCACGAAACCCUGUACCUACCCAGGAUGCUUACUUUGCCCCUCCGCCCGAACCGUCACGUCGAUCCAGCCAGCAAGGCGCUCCUCCCAGCUCUGAACCUAUGGCUGUUGAUGCACCACCCGAGCUAGACAACCUUCUUGGUGACGCUGUGCUCGACGAGCUCGAAGGUCCGUCUUCUGAGGAAUCUGAUGACGACGACGAUGACGACGACGAAGAGAAUGAUGAAGAUGACGACCGUGCUGGCGAGGGUUCUCAGAAAGCUGGAGGAGCUGAUUUGCCCGUACAAGCCAACGAGUCAGCACAGCCGACAACAGAUCCUCGUGCAACCGCCAAGAAGGCGCUCGACGAUCAUCGGGAACAGUUCCGCAAAGAACUCAUCUCCAGGUCACUGGACAUAGUUCGGGCGCACCCUCAUUCAGCUAUAGAAGUGUCUGAGCUGAUUAGUGCCAUGGUCUUCCCUCAGGACAUCCGUGAGGAUGUUGGCGAGACCUUGACCAGCGCGAUCACCUCUCUUUCCUUCGACUCCGAUGAGGUUGAAUCCGACGCCAAUGGCUCCACAAUCGCCGCGUACGCUCACCUAUUUGCGCUUCUUCUCCGAGACAACGCUUUCCUUACGUGUAACAUUGAUACAUUGAGAGCCAACGUAUCCACCUACGUCGGGUUUUUGAAGCUUUCGCCAACACGUGCUAAGGACGACCUGCCUCCUUGGAUUCCUUACAUUCUUCUCAUUGUUGAAAUCCUGCUGGCCCAUGACGAAAAGCCAAUUGAGGCCACAUGGAAGGCCCCUACUUCCGAGAACGAAGUUAUCAAACCAGCCGUUAUCGAGAAGCCGGAGGCUAUCCUGUCUGACGCUGAGCAGAGCGACCUGCUAGAACGCAUCCUUGACAUCUUGCCACGGCUGGGCCAAGAGGACACUCUCGCAAUUUCUGUCCUCCGUGUCCUUGUUGUUCUCACUCGCAAGAGGUCUUUGGCACGCACAGUCGGCGAGAAAAAGAACCUCCAGAGACUAUUUGUCAUGGCAAAGCAGCUUGCCGGCGCCGGCGUGAACCGUCUCAAGGACACCAAGACAGCUGGGUGCAUCAUGAUCAUCCUAAGACACGUCGUUGAGGACGAGGAAACCACAAAACAGAUUAUGCGAGCUGAAGUUCGGAACCUAUUCGACAACCCCCAACGAAACCAACGCAACCUCGAUGUAACGACCUAUCUUCGAAACCUCUCUGCCGUCGCCCUCCGCGCCCCUGACCUUUUCGUUGAGAUCACGAAUGACAUGACAAGAUUGACCCGCUGGUCCCCGGUCAGCGAGGGCACCGCACGGGCCCACUACAUUGCUCUCAAGGAGACGGAGCCCGAAGCUUCUGUGGCAACCAUAACACAGGAUCAGAGCGUUGAGCCUACGGUGCAGGCAACCGAGGAUUUGUCGCUUCACGACAUCAAACAAUCUACUGAAGCAGGCGACAAGGAGAUGACUGAUGCCCCGAAGCCAACGGUAUCGCGCCCGAUCAUUGAGAACCCCGAUGGAGUCGUCCACUUUUUACUCUGCGAGCUAUUGAACUACCGAGAGGUCGAGGACAAGGAGCCGAUCCAGCCCAAGGAUUCGAAAACGUCAUUGACUACACUCACCGCGACGAGCUCUGAUCCUGCAGCUAAGGAGAACACUGCAGAUGCCGGAGCAAGCUCUGAUGCUAAGGAGACCAAGGACAGCAAAGACAAGAAGUCCAAGCCUUCAUUCAAGGCCGAUGAGCAUCCUAUCUUCAUAUACCGUUGCUUCCUGCUUAACUGUCUCGCGGAGCUUCUGCAAAGCUAUAACAGAGCCAAGGUUGAGUUUAUCGACUUCAAACGGAGUGCACCGCUGCAGACAAAUACUCCAGUCAAGCCGCGCUCGAGCGUUUUGAACUACCUAAUUCAUGAUCUGCUUUGCCAGGGCGGCCUUGAGAAUCCUGAUACCCUUGUUGCCAAGAAGAAAAUGGCGACCUCGAACCAGGCUCAGCAAGUCCUAGUGGCUCUGAUGACCAAAACAGGCGAAAAGGCCAUCGAUAAGCACCGUGAGCGCUUCGAGUACGACGAUGAUCCGGAUCUUCUCUUCGUCAGGAAAUUUGCGUUGGACACUAUUCUUAAAGCGUAUGAGCGUGCUUCCACGCCCGAGGAACCCCUCGAAACCCGAUACACCAAAAUGCAAUGCCUUGCUGAAUUAAUGAAUCAAGUCAUUGGCGAGAAGGAGCGCGACCCCCCGGGCGCCACGAGAGGCAUGGGAUCUCCGCAGGCUCGCUCGCAGGCGCAGCUCCGCCGCAUGAUGUACGAAAAGGGGUACUUGGACAAACUCACUUGGUCUAUUGCCGAUCUCGAUCUGAAUCACGUGGGGGUCAAGCGUGCCAUUAAGCAUGUGCUCCGGGUCCUACGGGUUCUCACCGACACCGCCAAAGAACUCAGUCGCUCCAACGUCAUCCCUUCCAUGACGCUUCCUGACGUUGCGGACGAUGAGAUCGCAUCUUCGUCAUCCAUGUCUGACAUAGACGAUGACAGGGAAGAGACUCCCGACCUCUAUCGGAACUCGGCAUUGGGCAUGCUCGAGCCCCGUGGCAGCGAUGACGAGUCUGAGGACGAAGAAGGUAUGGAAUCUUCUGCCAAGGCGACUGGAAAACACGGAGCUAACUCAUUCGCAGAUGACGAUGAUGAUGAAGAGAUGUAUGACGACGAGUACGGCGACGAGCUCGAGUAUGGGGAAGAAGAGAUCUCUGAUGAUGGAGAUAACGGCAUCAGCGACGAUGACGACGAAGAGCUCGGUGAAAUGGGUGAGAUCGAGGGUCUCCAUGGGGACCCUGGAGUCGUCGAAGUUGUAAUGGAUGACGACGAUGAUAUGGAGGACGAUGACGAUGAGAUGAGUGAUGACAUGGACUCCCAGGACAUGGAGGAAAUGGACGAUCGCGUCGAUAUCGCUGAAGAGAUUCUAGACGAGGACGGCAAUCCUAUCGACGACGACGGUGCCUCUGAUUGGGAAAGUGAGUCAGACGACGAGGAAGAGGAUGAUGAUGAUGAAAUCGACUAUGGAGCCGAGGUCCAAGACCUCGACGAAGCCCAUAUGCACGGCCUGGGACCUGAAGAGAUCCUUGACAACCUAACGCGUGCUGUUGUCAUGGCCCCCGAUGGAGAGUUCGACCCCGAGGACAUGGAGGGGCUUGGCGAACACUACAUUGAGGAUGAUCGUGGCGAUGAAGACGAUUUCCGCAGCUACUUCUCACGUGGUCCCCGAACAAAUGCGGCACCCAGCAACGCCGACGACGGCAUCAACCCCUUGCUGCGUCGAACCAACCAAACUGCGGAGCCUUCACCACGCCCACCUGGAGUGCCUGGUCUGGUCGGCCUGCGUUUCCCCCCGGACGCCUUUGGAAUCGGCGCUGGCCGUCAUGGCGGCCUCAUGGACAGCCCCAUGGCAAUUUUGAACGAUAUCGUUGCUUCUUUACCUGUCAUGCGACACGGACAACAGUCUGUCCAGCUCUCAAUCACACAGAACGGGCGUGGGGAACUUCGAGAAUAUCACGUUGUCCCCCGUGAGUCAAGAGGCGAUGCCCGACGAGAUGGAACCUACCAUGAACCCCAGCAAGCCGUUGCUUUCACUCCGGAUUCCACCUUCGAGAGAUAUCAAGAAGAGGCCCGAAUGGUGUUUGGAGGAUCUCUUUACAUCGACAAAGCUCAGCGACUGCUCAAACUCAUCUUGUCAAGGCUGAUUCCUCCUGCGUUCGAGCAUGAGAAGAAAGUCAAAGCCGAGGAAGAAGAGAGGCGACGUGUCCGUGAAGAAGAAAGAAAAAAGCGGGAAGAAGAAGAACGGCGAGUAAGAGAGGCUAAGGAAGCCAAGGAGGCUGAGGAGAAGGCUGAGCGCGAGCGAAAGGAAGCCGAGGAGCGCGAGGCACAUCAGCGGCUGACGGCUGAAGCGCUGGGUUCCACGGAUUCCGACGCGCUCACAGCUGGCGCGGAUCCUCAAGCAAUGGAAGGCGUUGAAUCGUAUGGCGCUACUGAGUCGGCAACGGUGCCUCCAGUCAAUGUCCCUCGUGUUGUUACAACGAUCAGAGGCGAGGAGGUCGAUAUCACGGAACUUGGCAUCGACCCUGAAUAUCUGGCCGCACUCCCCGAGGAAUUCAGAGAGGAGGUCAUCGCGCAGACCGUGAGCUCUAGGCGCUCCCAGGCACGCGAGGAUGCGGCAGCGGGCGAACAGACCGAGGUCUUCCAAGAGUUCCUGGAUGCAUUGCCGGAAGAGAUGCGCAGCGAAAUCGUGCAGCAGGAACGCCAAGAGGUGCGCCGUCGCGAACGAGAAGAGCAACGCCGCCAAGCUGCUGGUGGUGCCGCCGAGCAAGAGAUGGAUGCUGCAAGCAUCUUAUUGACCUUCCCGCCUGAGCUGCGCCACGAAGUCUUGUUGGACCAGGGCGAAGACAUCAUGGAUCAAUUGCCAGCUGACAUGGCUGCCCAAGUCCGACUGAGUCAACGAGCGGGGAACGCCAGAAGCCCUCCUGGUAUCGCGCGGAGGCCGGCGCAGCAGCCGACAGAAUCUGGACAGGAAGCCGAGACAAAGGUCCAACGCAAGACGGUAGUGCAGAUGCUCGACAAGCCUGGAAUCGCCACUCUGCUGCGUCUCAUGUUCAUUUCUCAAUACGGAUCUAUCCGCAAUUAUCUUUUCAGCGUUCUCGCCGAUGUUUGCGAGAACAGGCAGAACAGGCUCGAAGUCAUCAGUACCGUUCUCCUCAUCCUCCAAGAAGGCAGUACAGACAUGGACGCUGUGGAGAGGAGCUUCAGCCAGCUUUCUCUCAAAGCAAAGAAGCCGAAGGAUAAGGAUGCGGACCCCAAGACUCCUCAGGGGCUCAAGAGAACGUUGACAUCCCUGACGACUUCUGGCCACGCCCAGACAAACUCUGAGAUAUCGCCUCUACUGGUCGUUCAUCAGUGCCUUGAUUUGCUGCAGGACCUCUCAACGAAGAACCCACACAUUCCCAUGCUCUUCCUUACCGAACACGAAAGCGUUGGGUCCUCACUAAAACGCAUGCUUAGCAGGAAGGGGAAGGCUAAAGAUUACAAGGCUCAUAAGUACGCCAUCAACGCCCUUCUCAGCCUGCUUGACCGCGAGCUCGUCAUGGAAAGCUCGGUAGUCAUGGCGUACCUGGCAGACUUGCUCAAUAAGAUCACGGUGCCGCUCGCUACUAUCGAGCGCAGACGGCGAGAGGCUGCCGAAAAAGCGACGCUCGCGAACAAGAAGGUUGCCGAGGCAGCCGAGACGACAUCGACUGCUGAAGGUACUUCGGCCCAAAUUGAUGCCAAUGAUCAGACCAUUGGUGCAGUCGUAACCACAGCGAAUGCGACGCCAGCCGUUGAGACGUCUACCGCCGUAGAUUUUGGUGACGCCCAGCAAUCAGAGGAAAGCAAAAAGCCCGAGCCGGAGACCUCCAAAUCGGCGACGGCUGAUGAUUCCAAUCAGAAGAAGGGCAAGCAGAUGCAGGUCCCCGUCAUUCCACCUCAUUACCUUACUCUGGUUGUCAAGAUCUUCGUUGCUCGCGAGUGCAGCUCCAAAACCUUCCAGAACACCAUCUCUGCCAUCAAGAACCUUUCGUCUAUUCCGGGGGCCAAGGCAGUCUUCGGUCAAGAACUGGUUCGCCAGGCCAGAGCUCUAAGCGAACGCAUCGUGCUCGACCUGGAUGAGCUAUUGCCGCAUAUCAAGAAGGCUACGACGGGCACCGAGAUUCAAGGAGUUGCGUUGUCCAAGUUUUCGCCGGGCGCAUCAGAGCAGAACAAGCUUCUUCGUGUCCUGACUGCUCUGGACCAUCUGUUCACUGACCCCAAGAAAAAGUCAGACGCCGAUACUGAUUCUGUGGUGAUGAACAUUCAAAAGCAAGACCUCGUGCACUCUCUCUACCACAACUCCACUUUCUCCAGCAUGUGGGACAAGCUCAGUGAGUGUCUGAGGGCUAUCCAUAAGCGCGAGAAUAUGGUCAAUGUCGCAACUAUCCUUCUUCCCCUCAUCGAGUCCCUUAUGGUUGUCUGCAAGAACACAGCCACAGCAGACUCCCCGGCGCAAGCCUCCGAGAAGGAGAUGCUCCUCUCAAGCCCUCCUCCCGAGUCCCGCAUGGCUGGACUCUUCUUCAACUUCACCGAAGACCACCGCCGAGUUCUCAAUGAGCUUGUCAGAAACAACCCCAAGCUCAUGUCGGGUACAUUCGCUCUUCUCGUUAAGAACCCUAAGGUGCUGGAGUUUGACAACAAACGGAACUACUUCAACCGAAGCGUUCACAGCCGUGCUAGCACGCAGCGGUCUGCUUUCGCGUCCCUGCAGCUUGCGGUUCGACGUGAGCACGUCUUCCAUGACUCCUUCCGGUCCCUCUACUUCAAGUCUGGUGAUGAGAUGAAGUACGGCAAGCUCAAUAUUCGAUUCCAUGGUGAAGAGGGCGUCGAUGCCGGAGGUGUCACCCGCGAGUGGUUCCAGGUCCUCGCACGGCAGAUGUUCGACGCCAACUAUGCAUUGUUCAUUCCUGUGUCCUCGGACCGCACAACUUUCCACCCGAACAAGCUCAGUGGCAUCACGACAUGCAUCUGA